GGAGGGGGGGGGGGGACCAGGAGCUCCGUCAGCCGCCGCCGCCGCCGCUGCUGUUAACCCCAGACAGCAUCAACAUUGCCCGGUGGAGUGAGGGCGGAUUCAAAGGUCCGGACCCGGGGCGAGCAUCGACAUGGAGCUGGAGAAUAUCGUGGCCAACACGGUGCUGCUGAAAGCACGGGAAGGAGGCGGUGGGAACAGAAAAGGAAAAAGCAAGAAAUGGAAGCAGCUGCUGCAGUUUCCCCACAUAAGUUUGUGUGAAGAGCUGCGACAAACCACAGAAAAGGACUACAGCAGCCUCUGCGAGCGGCAGCCAAUCGGACGGCUGCUGUUCAGACAGUUCUGUGAGACCCGACCCGAACUGAGACGCUGUGUCAAGUUCCUGGACGCUGUGGCGGAGUACGAGGUGACCCCGGAUGAGAAGAGGAAGGAGUGCGGUCAGGAACUCAUCGACAAAUACUUCAACCCAAAGGCGGAGGACCAUGUGCCUGAGGUGGAGGAGGCCAUGGUGGCUCUGUGCGCCGAGAGGCUGCAGCAGGUGGCCUGUAAAGAGCUCUUCAAGGACUGUACCAAAUUGAUCCACGACUACCUGCGCGUGGCGCCCUUCGCCGACUACCUCGACAGCAUGUACUACAACCGGUUCCUCCAGUGGAAAUGGAUGGAGAGGCAACCGGUGACGAAAAACACGUUCCGACAGUACCGAGUUUUAGGGAAAGGAGGCUUUGGAGAGGUGUGUGCGUGUCAGGUACGGGCCACAGGAAAGAUGUACGCCUGUAAGAAACUGGAGAAGAAGAGGAUAAAGAAGCGGAAAGGAGAGUCCAUGGCGCUCAAUGAGAAACAGAUCCUGGAGAAAGUCAACAGCAGAUUUGUCGUGAGUUUAGCGUACGCCUACGAGACGAAGGACGCUCUGUGCCUCGUGUUGACCCUCAUGAAUGGGGGAGACCUGAAGUUUCACAUCUAUCACAUGGGCGAGGCGGGUUUCGACGAGAAGAGGGCCAUCUUCUACUCCGCAGAGAUCUCUUGCGGGCUGGAAGACCUGCACCGGGAACGCAUCGUCUACAGAGACCUAAAACCAGAGAACAUCCUGCUGGAUGACUACGGACACAUCAGGAUAUCAGACCUGGGUUUGGCGGUUCAUGUACCAGAGGGACAGACCAUCAAGGGACGGGUGGGAACGGUAGGAUACAUGGCUCCGGAGGUGGUGAAAAACGAGCGCUACACCUUGAGCCCCGACUGGUGGGCGUUGGGCUGCCUGCUGUACGAGAUGAUCGAGGGCCAGUCUCCCUUCCAGCAGCGGAAGAAGAAGAUCAAGAGGGAGGAAGUGGAGCGGCUGGUGAGGGAGGUGGAGGAGGAAUAUUCCAGCAAGUUCUCCGAAGACGCCAAGUCUCUCUGUAAAAUGCUUCUGGCCAAAGAUCCCACAGAGAGGAUGGGCUGCCAGGGAGGUGGAGCCUCUGAGGUCAAAGCCCAUACCAUCUUCCGCUCCAUCAACUUCAAACGCCUGGAGGCCGGCAUGCUCCAGGCGCCCUUCAUUCCUGAUCCGCAGGCCAUCUACUGUAAAGACGUGCUGGACAUCGAGCAGUUCUCCACAGUGAAAGGAGUGGAGCUGGAGCCCAAAGACGAGUCUUUCUACAUCAAAGUGUCCACAGGCAGCGUCUCCAUUCCCUGGCAGGACGAGAUGAUCGAGACGGAGUGUUUCACAGAGCUGAAUGUUUUCCUCCCGGACGGGACCAUCCCUCCGGACCUGGACUGGAGAGGACAGCCGUCUCCUCCGCCCAAACAGGGACUCUUGCAGCGGCUGUUUGGCCGACAGGACUGCUGUGGUAACUGCAGUGACAGUGACGAGGAGCCCACAAGGCUGUGACACACACACACACACAGACACACACACACUCACAGACACACACACAAUCUCAUUUGUUUACAACUUUUGCACAUUUGUAUUUUUAACAUAGUACUAUCUCUAAAUGUCAGAAUGUAUAUUUUCAGCAUAGCCAUAAUGUGUAAUGUUAUUUAAAAAGUUGUGAAAUAUUGGCUGUCGAUGCGUUCCAAACGAGGAGACGAGGAACUUUGUAAAAAAAAACUAAAAAAACACACACAUUGUCCAGGGAAGGCUUUGCUUUCUCAUUCAUUCAUCCACUUAAACACAUGUCCAUGUAACUGAUCUCAAACUGCUUGCUGUAAAAGUGCCUUGCUAGAGGGCACUGUGACAGUGGUUACUAAGGGAGACUGAGCAUUCCUCGAUCUCUUUACUUCCCCCCCCCACCACUUUGUCCAGGGAAUCAAACUAGUGACUUUCAGGUCGUGAACUGUGACCACUUUUCUUCUCCCGCCCUCCAUUCUGCCGUGACCGACCUCACUGCUCUUCUCACCUCUUAUAUUCCUUCAUUUAAUUCUUUUAAAAAGUUUUAAACGGUGACGCUAGAGCCAUGAAGUAGUCUACAUCUGCAGAUAUUUUUAUAUCGAUAGUAUUUUUUUUGUUUUUGAAUUAUGAAUUUCUUGAGGAAAAUCGAUUGCUCUGAUUAUAGAAGUUGCUUUUCCAACAUGCUUGUGCCUUUUUGUCCUUCAUCACAGUAAACUUUCCCAUUUUUUUUUUAUCCACAAUGAACACAUUAUGUUAGCGCUGCAGAGCUUGAACUGAAAUAAAACUCUGUGUUCCCAUAGUUUUUAUCUCUGUGUGAAAUAAAAACUAUGGGAACAUUUACUUUGACGGCGCCUGUAAUUUACUACUUAAAAAGGAACUGCUCCAUCUAAACCCUCGGAGACGUCAAUUAAUAGUUUCCUGUCUGCAAAUUGACCUGCAAAAGUCUUUUAAAAUCAGAAAUUAAGUAAACGGAGGACUCUUUUUGUUGUUGUUUUUUGAACUUGUCUCUCAGGGUUUCUAUAGAAUUCAUUCCUUUUUCAUGAUUUCAUCAUCUGCUCUUCCUCUCUCUUUUUUUUCUUCUUUUGCUUCGUGAGCGGAUGUCGGUCGGAUGAUUUCCAGACUGUGCGGGGUUAACGUAUGCUCGCCCUGCCGGUAGGCCGCUUCAUGCGUGUUCUGAACGAUGGCAGCGGAAAAAAAAAAAAAA